GGAGGGGAGGAGGAAGAGGCGGGGGGGGGAGGGGGGCGGCAGCCGGUCCCAGAAGAUGGCGGAGGCGGGGGAUUUCUGGUAGGUCCUCUUUUAGGAUAAGAUGCCGUAACUGUUGAAACGCCAGUCUGCAUUGAUUCACAGACAGUUGGCUUUUCAGCUGGAAAGCCUUUUUCUCCCUCCCUUGCUGGUUUACUGAACGUAUGAAACCAUGGCAGAAGGAGAGACAGAGUCACCUGAGCCCAAAAAGCGUGGCCCCUACAUUUCUUCUGUCACUAGCAGGAGUGUGAACUUGAUGAUUCGUGGAGUGGUACUGUUUUUUAUUGGAGUAUUUCUUGCACUAGUGUUAAACUUACUUCAGAUUCAGAGAAAUGUGACGCUCUUUCCACCUGACGUGAUCGCAAGCAUCUUUUCUUCAGCGUGGUGGGUACCGCCAUGCUGUGGCACAGCCUCAGCUGUGAUUGGGUUAUUAUACCCCUGCAUUGACAGGCAUCUAGGAGAACCACAUAAAUUUAAAAGAGAGUGGUCCAGUGUGAUGCGGUGCGUAGCCGUCUUUGUUGGUAUAAAUCAUGCCAGCGCUAAAGUAGAUUUUGAUAACAACAUACAGUUGUCUCUCACACUGGCUGCACUCUCCAUUGGACUCUGGUGGACCUUUGAUAGAUCUAGAAGUGGUUUUGGCCUUGGAGUAGGAAUUGCUUUCUUGGCAACCUUGGUCACUCAACUGCUAGUCUAUAAUGGUGUUUAUCAAUAUACAUCUCCAGAUUUUCUCUAUGUUCGUUCUUGGUUACCGUGUAUAUUUUUUGCUGGAGGCAUAACAAUGGGAAACAUUGGUCGACAACUGGCAAUGUAUGAAUGUAAAGUUAUCGCAGAAAAAUCUCAUCAGGAAUGAAGAAGGCAAAAAUAUAUCUUUUGUACAGAAAAACAAGAUGAAAAGGGCAUGUAAAUGAUAGCUAUAUCAACAAAGCUUCGGACUGUAAAAUUGCCAGGAUGCAGUUUUUCCCUUGAUUGGUGUAUAUAUAUGUGUGUAUGCGUGUGUGUG